AUCACCGCACACCUUGGAUUGACUAGGUAGUCCCUGACUGUACUGACCUAUGCAACAGCGGAAAACUAUGCGGCGUAGAUCUGUUACACCCCCUGGAUUAAGGAACGAUUCAAACAGUGAAGGGACGAGAUCCGCAAAGGAAAUUUUGUUACAGCUGGACCCCAACUUUUCCAGAGCCGUUGGCAUUUUGAACAAAUAUAUGCCCAAUGAAGACUCCACAACGUACAAUCCAGAUGACUUGAAUCAGAAUAAGGCUGUCGGGACUGAGAGUGAAGGGAACUCAUUAUCUCAUGUCAAUACCCGCACCAAUUCGACUGCGGGUCAGAACCGUAUCGAAUCUGAGCAAAGAGGCGGAUCAACGAUGUCCGACUUACACAAUACUGAGUACAUGGACGAAUCUAAGGACAUGAAGUCCAAAACUUCUCCCUAUGUGAAGUCACCCUCAAGCAGGCUAUCCGACGAACCUAGUGCCUCCAGAAGUCCCGCAUUACAAGUAGACACCCCGCACAACCCCAAAUCUCCAAUUUCAGCAUCUGAUGCUCCAGCGGCUGCUAGAUCCAUUUCACGUAGUGAACUGCCUAAACCGGCCAAACGGCCGGCUCCAGUGAAGAAAACCACUCAGAGAGCUGCGGCGUAUUCACAUUCACCACAACCGCCUGUUGUGUCCCGUUCAAAUCGACAGGUAGGAUCCGAUGAAGCCGAGCGACAUCUUAUUCGAGAGCUUACCCGGGAAGAAAGUGGGGAAAGUGAAGAAAGCGAUUUUGAAAGCCAUUUUUCCGAUGCACUACUGGAACCUGAUCCGACAGCGUUACGUGACUUGGAUAACGCAAGUCCAAAAACCAUAGCCAUGUGCAAAAAGCACCAGUGUCAUUACUGCUUUUUCGUCUACUUCUCAUCUGCAACGGUGGAUGAGGACUUAAUGCCUUUCCGACGAAAAGCAUUCACAGACAAAGUUGCGCGACUAAGUAACCCGGAACACAUUCGAGAAGUAAAAGAUACCAAGUGCGCCAGGGAUGCCUUCGCGGAUCGUCGUAUCAAAUCGAUUGAACGCCAAUCUGGGACACAAAUCCGGCUAAGUGAGAUGAACCCAAAUGCAGCUUUUAUCAAAGGACUACCGAGACGACGUCUCACAAUAGCUGGUCCUUCCUUUUCCAAUAUUGGAUGUGCUCUCAACCUAUUUGAAGCACUGUUACCGAAGGUUAUAAAGACAGCCAUUUUCCCCUACCGUCUUCCCCAGGGCGCAUCUACACGCUUCUCAUCCGGAAAUCGAAUCAGUUCUGUCCACCAUUGGACUUACGGUAGGUGCGAUGGUGCGGUCACAUUACGCCAACAACUGGAUGACAAAGGCGGGUGGAGAAGUUUUCUUGUAACAAACAAGUGAUCCCAGCAAGGAAGUGCCUUCUGUUCUCCGUGAAACGGCCGAAGUUCACUCUUUGUGCACUAUCGUUUGUCAACUCGUGUCAUAAAAACAUCCUAAUGCAUUGUCCAAGUUGGACAUAUUUUAGUGCACUUUAUUCUUUUUCACACACUUCCGUUUGUGGUACAAAUUAAUUUGUCUGCUCCACUUCAUUCGUGUUGUGCUGUUUGCGAUGGGUCGGUUGUUCCUUGAUCGGAGAGUAUUGGGAUGACAACGAGGUUGUUUGAGCACUUCUAAGCACUUGGU